UCAGUGACGUCAGUCAGUGCUCGCCACAGCUUCGGAGUGAGAGGGUGUACGGCUGAGCUCUGCUGCCCCUCAUCAGUGAAACGCCUAAACUAACAUUAAUUUAGCUCGUUAGCCUUAUCUUGGCUUAUGAUUCUUGAAUCAGUUUACCCUAUGUGGUUUAUAUUUGAAUAAAUACUUUCUAAAAGUUUCCAUAUAUACAAACUCGUGGCGUAGAGAACAGGUGAAGGCACGGAGGCCCUGGCCUUUAUAUACUGCUUCUACAUAGUGUGGCCAUAGUCUUAGAGAACUAGGAAGAACAUGAACCUGAAACGCUUCAACAUGUUCAGCAUGGAGAACAAGAUGAUUGGAUGGCUGCGACAUGUUCUUACUGCUAUCUCAGUCGUCCUCUUCCUGGUGGGAUGCUUCUUGCUGGGUUACAUGGCCUGGGUCCUCGCCACCUCUAUCACAGUGACCCGCUUUCUCUCUGGAACGCUGAUGUUCACUUACAGCGUGCUGGGAGUGGGCUUCCUCUUCUUCCUCUCUGGUCUGGUCGGCUGGGUGGCUGGCGCCUCAGAGGUCCUCUGUGUCCUCAGACUGUACUUGGCGAUGCUGAUAUUGGCAGUUUCUGCGGAAAUUGGUGGUAUCAUCGCCAUCAACCUCCUGCACCUGAGACUGGAUGACAUCCUAAUUAAUGGGUGGGCAGAGGUCAACCAGGGAACUCGCAAUAUUAUCCAGAAUAAUUUCAACUGUUGUGGAUUUUAUGGACCCAAGGAGUUUGCCUACACUAACUACCCAAUAAGCAACUCUUGUUAUGACACCAUUCAGGAGGUCAACCAGGAAACCUUUACUAAUGCCCAGCAGCUCAAGCAGGGUGGAUGUGGAGUGCCACUCAAAUAUUGGUUGGAUGACAACAAAGCCACUUGGUGCUCCAUCCUUGCUGCUUUGGGUGGACUCCAGCUCAUGUGCAUUGUUCUGUGCAUUCACAUCAUCCACAAACUUAAAGAUAAAGCUGGGUACAAACGUGCCUCUGAUAAGCGACGUCUUCAUGAUGAAAAAGGAGCAUAUUCUUUAUGAGCCGUAUACCACCAUGAGCUUAUAUGGUGACCUAGGGGAUUUACACAUGCCAAUGUAUCCUCAUCAUAUCUGACUAGUUGAGCUGCCUUUACAGCAUACCUAUAGCUUCCAGACUUAGCAGAAAUAAAAUUAAUUAGGAUUGCAUAAAUCAUUUGUUAGGUACUGAUAUUCUUUCCUUUUGAAUGUUAACUGAUCAAGAAAUUAUCUUGAUGCUGAUGUUUUUGGGGGGAGGGGGGAUCAUUGACAAGCUCAUCUCUUGUUUUGCACCAGUUUGCUCCUAGGGAUAUGCCUGUAUGCCAGUGAUGAGCUCCUGAUCCAAGGAAUUAGACUUCUCUCCUUGGAUUGAACCUGGUUGCCUCUCAUUUCCUAAAUGAUGUGACCCCUAUGAGUUUAGUGCUCUCCCAUUAUUAGAAUUAGAAUACACUAAGUUGCUCAAGAUUUAUUUUUGUAUAUAACAAAUAUAAAACAGAGACUGUGCCAUAUUAGUAUUUUUUUUUUUUUUAAAUCAACCACAGUUUCAGUCAUUUAUAUCACCAUAUCCCUCUCACAAGAAGUUCCUUGAUACAAGGAAUUGAACUUGAAUCAAACCUGAGGUGCUGUAUGACCCCUACCUCUCAAGCCUUGAUGCCAAUGAGGGGGCUCUUGAUUCUUCUUUUCCUUGGAUCAACUCUGCCUCAUUCUCCUGGUGCUGUAUGACCUAUAGAUCUAGAGUUCCUCCCCUCCCUCCCCAUAAAUGUAAUAUUAGAUCACCAUAUAAAAUCAUGGUAGGCCAAUGAAGGUUGGUCUUUCACAGAUUUUAACUGGCAGUUAACUUUAACAGCAAGUUACUGACACUGAAUUGUUCAAACACUUUUUCUGCAUUGAUGAUUGUUUUUCAUUGUUACUUUCAUGCAGCAAACACAUUUUGUUACUAUUAUACAAUACAGUACAGUAUUGAUAGAAAUGCAUAACCACAAAUACAGACAUUAAUACUUUAUAACUUUAGGUUAAAAAACUAAGUAAAUGUAUUACAAACAGUUAACCAUGUAAUGUUAAUAUAAUGUGACAGUAUCAGUGUGGUACAUGUGCCUUGAACUAUUUAAAAAAAACGUUUUUAUCCAGUACAUUAUCUACUGCAGGCAGGUAUGUACAAAAUUCUGCACAUACUUCAACUACUCUUUAUCUCUGCACAUUCUUGUGUAGCAGAGUCAACAGCAAAAUGAUAUAAAUGCCAUGAAGGACUGAUUUAGAUUAAAAUAAAAAUAUUUUUAACUCUGCUGAAGAAAUUACUCCAACUAUAUAACGAUUAAUAAUGAGACAUUGACCAUAAUUUUCUUGUGGUAUUUACAAUGCAUUGCUCCAGUCACCAAAAUAUAGAAGACAAAUGUCAUAUUCACAGAUGUGUGAUUCAGGCUGAGUCCCACAUGUAUAGCUGAUACUGAUAGGUUCAGUAAGGUUGUUGG